ACUGUAUGUAUCCAUGGCAACAGCUUCUAGUGUUGAUCAUCCCAAGAUGGCGGACGAAGAGGCACCCACGGCGCUCCUAGUCUCUACUGAGGCCAAGAAACGCCGGGCUCCUAAAGCUCCAGAGCUUCCCAUUGUGGAGAGGAGAAACUGGCUAAUCCACCAGCACUAUAUUCACAAAGACUAUGAUACCUGUAAGGCAAUCAUCAAAGAACAACUACAGGAGACUAAUGGAAUGUGUGAAUACGCCAUCUAUGUUCAAGCACUAAUCUUGCGUCUUGAGGGCAAGAUCCAGCAGUCCCUGGAGCUGUUUCAGAGCUGUGCCAUCCUUAAUCCCAGCAGUGCUGACAAUCUCAAACAAGUGGCCAGAUCCCUAUUUCUCCUGGGAAAGCACAAAGCUGCCAUUGAAUUUUAUCAUGAGGCGGCAAGACUCAACGAGAAAGACUGGGAGAUCAGUCAUAAUCUGGGUGUGUGCUAUUUCUUCAUCAAAGACUUCAAAAAUGCUGAAGAGCAUCUAAACAUAGCUCUCCAGAUUAAUAAACAUGACAAGACUUUCAUGAUGCUUGGGAAAGUUCAUUUGCUGGCUGGAGAAACUGACAAGGCCAUCGAAGUGUAUAAGAGAGCAGUGGAAUACUCCCCAGAGAAUACUGAACUCCUGACUACUCUUGGCCUGCUGUUUUUACAACUUGGGAAAUACCAAAAAGCAUUUGAGCACCUUGGAAAUGCCCUCACUUUUGACCCCAACAAUUAUAAGGCCAUCCUGGCUGCAGGCAGCAUGAUGCAGACCCAUGGUGACUUUGAUGUGGCCAUGAACAAGUACCGAGUUGCAGCAUGUGCUGUGCCAGAGAGCCCCCCUCUCUGGAACAACAUCGGCAUGUGCUUCUUUGGGAAAAAGAAGUAUGUUGCUGCCAUCAGCUGCCUGAAGCGGGCCCACUACUUGUCUCCUUUUGACUGGAAAGUGUUGUACAACCUGGGGCUGGUACACCUGACCAUGCAGCAGUACGCUUCGGCCUUCCACUUCCUCAGUGCAUCUAUCAACCUGAACCCACGAAUGGGGGAACUCUACAUGUUGCUUGCAGUGGCUCUGACAAACCUGGAGGAUGUCGAGAAUGCUACCAGAGCGUAUGAACAGGCUGUGACUCUGGAUGAAUCCAACCCUCUGGUUAACCUGAACUUUGCAAUCUUCCUUUAUAACCACGGUGACAAGAAGGGAGCUCUGGAUCAGUAUCAGGAGAUGGAAAGGAAAGUCAACCUGCUUCGAGACAGCAGUGGCAACUUUGAAUUUGAUCCCGAGUUGAUGGACAUGGCUCAGAAGAUGGGAGCUGCCCUGCAGGUGGCGGAGAGUCUGGUGUGGACUAAACCAGGCAAAGACUCCAAAUCAAAACCAAACUCAGCAGCAUCCACCAAAACCCCCGGUGCUCCCCUCGGUACUAACCAAGCCCUGGGUCAGGCCAUGUCUUCCGCUGCGAGCUAUAACAAGAACAUCCAGCUGCCAGCAGGAGUUUCCAAAGGCCUUUCCAUGCCCCUUGAACCAGAACCUGAUGUGGAGAAAGCCCCCAGCCCUCCCUCUGAUCCUCCAGGCUCCCCAGAACCUGCAGAGUCAAGCAACCCCAAACCCAGAACCUCCAAGAGGAAAACUAAGGUGGAGGAAUGAAUUAGCUUGGUGGCUUCAGUCUUUCAUGGCAUCUUGGUUAUUAGGUCAGUCUCAUGCUAUGGAGGAAAUUUGAGGUUCUUAAACAGCAGCCAAGCUAUUAGUGGUUUUCUAGCUCAUUGUAGUUAGACAUGAAGCCUUGAGUUAUAGGCUUCUGGUUAAGGUGCAUGGUGCACAGACGUUUCAUGUCCUACACACUAAUUUACUUUAUACAGAAAAGGGCAGUGUCAGUGUCCCCCUCUGUCAUACCAUUUAUUUCAGCAAUGUCAGUACACGGCUUCUCACUUUUUAAACCAAAAUUCUGAGAUAAUCAAGUCUCUCUUGUAAAUCUGUGUCGGUCUGUGCAGGCAGGUUUGGUGCACACGUCAAAACCAAUUCCAAUAGAUGUUGCAGUUAAAGAAUGUCUGUAUUUGACAAAAUGGUAAAAUGUGCAUUUGUUCCGUUGCAAGUGUUAAUACUUGGAUGAGCUUAGCAAUAAGGAUAAAUGAUAAAUUUUCCUUGGAUUGACAUUUCCAGGGAAGGUAUCAGUCCUUCAGCUGCUGGGUGUCCCUGCAGCCAAAUACCUGUGAAGAAAAUGCUGCGACAAUCACUGCAAAAAUCUGAGGAUAGAAAGGGAUGUUUUUGAGUAGUUACAGGACACUGCUUGUUUGUAUGAUAGAGCUCUUUUUGAGGGACCAGUGUAAAUAGUGAUACAUGCUUUUAUAUGUGGAUAAAUGUUAUGUUUAUAGAGAGUAAUGU